AUGGCGACCGAUUUACCGUCUGAGAUCCUUCAGGCACUCUCUCAACAUAACAAUAUCCUUUCCUCGGAAGCAUUCCCUCUUCAAAAGUCUACCGACAUUAAAGGUGCAUUGGAUCGACUUGGUUCAAGGUCCAUGAUUUCAUACGAGACAAUAGAUCGAGAAGAAGUUAUACUGGAAGCCGAAGCUGAAGAAAUUGCAAGCAAUGGCAGUCACGAGGCACGAGUUUUCGAGGCUUUACAAAAGGCAAUGGACGGGCUCACGGUUUCAGAAUUAGAAGCUGCUGUAGGCGAUAAGAAUGUGGUCAAAGUAGGACAGGGUAAAGCAUUUAAGUCGAAAUGGAUUGCAAAAGGUAAAGAUGGAAAGCUGGUAGCAUCGAUCGAUUCUAUCCAAGAUGUAACUCGAGAACAGCUCGAGAUCAUUCAAAAGACGCGUGCGCAUCCAGAUCCAAAAGUCAUAACCGAACUCAAGAAACGUAAGCUGGUAAAGAUGCAGAAGGUUAUUAGCUAUAAGAUCUCGAAGGGACCGAAAUUUGCCUUAGAAAUGGUCAAGGAGGAGACAGAUUUGACAGCAGACAUGCUUGCAUCGGGUGCCUGGAAAACUGCUGCUUUCAAACCAUAUAACUUCAAAUCUCUUGGAGCAGACCAAAACUCUGGUGCAUUACAUCCUCUGAAUAAAGUACGACAUGAGUUCCGCCAAAUCUUCUUCGAGAUGGGUUUCGAGGAAAUGCCUACAAACAACUUUGUUGAAACCGGCUUCUGGAAUUUCGAUGCCCUUUUCGUCCCACAACAACAUCCUGCUAGAGAUUUACAAGAUACCUUCUACAUAUCAGAUCCCAAAACUGCAGACAAACCACGCGCAGUGUCUGAGGAGGACAAAGCAGACUACGAGGCAUUGUGGAAGAACGUACAGGAAGUUCAUCAAGAGGGAAAAUACGGGUCAAUUGGUUAUAGAUAUCCAUGGGCUGCGGACGAAUCGUUACGCCUAGUUCUUAGAACGCAUACGACAGCGACCUCGACAGCGAUGUUACAUAAGUUAGCUCAACAGAAAGGGCCCGAUGGACGACCACCUCCAGCAAGAUACUUCUCCAUUGAUCGUGUAUUCCGUAAUGAGACUGUGGAUGCUACGCAUCUAGCUGAGUUUCAUCAAGUUGAGGGUGUUAUCGCAGAUUAUGGAUUGUCUCUCGGAGGUCUAAUGGAAUUCAUGGAGGUCUUCUUCAACAAAAUGGGUCUCGAAGAUUUACGCUUCAAGCCAGCCUACAAUCCUUACACCGAGCCAAGUAUGGAAAUUUUCAGUUAUCACAAAGGUCUCGGCAAACUGGUUGAAAUUGGAAACAGUGGAAUGUUCAGACCGGAGAUGUUGGAGGCCAUGGGUCUACCAAAAGAUAUGAAAGUUUUCGGCUGGGGAUUGAGUUUGGAGCGUCCGACUAUGAUUAAAUACAAGGUGAACAACAUUCGAGAAUUAUUAGGCCACAAGGUUGAUUUAGGGUUCAUCGAGAGAAAUCCAGCUGUCAGAUUAGACAAGACAUAA